AUGCAGGAAGCUCUCAUCUCGGAUACGGUCAAUGCUCUCCCUCUGGCUGAGUGGAAGGAGUUCACAAGGACGGUGUUGACAUGCGCAUAUAUGGCCUUGGCUGAUAUGCUUAUGACCUGGCGUUGCUGGAUCGUGUGGAAUCGACGACUCUGUGUUGUGGCGCUCCCUAUUGUACUCCCAAUAUCGUGUAAAGUUAUGAUGGUCUUAUUCCUUCGAGCCAUAUACCUAUCUACUGAUUCGAUUGAAGGCAUCUUUGCACAGUCUCUCUCACACUGGUUCACCCCUAUUCUCGUCCUCACCCUCUGCCAAAACCUUCUCGUGACCUGCCUCAUAUUCCUUCGGGUGAGGAGGAUGAAUUCCAUCUUAACCACCCGGACUGGCUCUGCACCGUUCCGGCCAAUACUCGCGACCAUUCUUGAGAGCGGGAUCCUGUACUCUUCGACUUUGUUCAUUUGGCUCAUAAAUUCGAGUGCGAACGGUCGACUCCGGUAUGGCCGCGGAUCAACCAGUUUCAGUGUUGCUUCAUCCAGCACAUCCGUUUCAGCCGAUAUCCUCAGGAGUGUACCAUAUCUACGACAGAUAUUCGGGCAUGAGCAGCGGUUGGAUACUUCGAUCCAGGAUCCAGGAUCUUGA